UGUCAUUUCCUCUCCGGGCAGCCGAAAGGAUAACCAGGCUUCUGAUUGGAAGAGGAGCUCAUGACGUAUUGAUUCUGGACCGGUUGCCAGGAGACCUUUGGACGCCCCUAGGCCCAGAGUGAGGCCUCGGACUGGCAUGGAGAUAGACGACGGGGGCGGAGGACAGCUGGAGGCCUGCGAAGGGGAGUCAAGGCCCCCGGAAACAGGGGCAGAAGAGCUUGGGCCCCCGGAAACAGGUGCAACGGAGGUUGGGCCCCCGGAAACAGGGGCAGCAAAGGCUGGGGCCCCUCAAACUGCCGCAGGAGUGGCUGGGGCCCUGGAAGCACGUUCAGGAGAGGCCGCGGCCCCUGGGACUCUGGCCAAGGAAGCAUCUCGACUGCUGCAGGAGCUGGGGUACGCGGGAUCUCUGUGCCGUGAAGAUGCCCCGGUGCUCCCCUGCGCGCUGGGUGCUGCCUGCCAGGACUUCACCUCGCUGUGCGUCUGGCUCGUCUCGGAGCUGAGAGCCGCGUCUUCGUUCGGGGAGAACGUGACCCCUACGGAGGGCCCCGAGGACGCAGAGACCUUCCAGCUGGAAAUGAGUGGGGUGCUGAGUGAACUCCACUGCCCUUACCCCCCACUGACCACCGGAGAGGUCACAGCGAGACUGACGGACCCCCACAACUGCCUGCUGUUGCUAGUGUUUCUCGGCACCGAGCUGCAGGCCGCCAGGAUCCUGGAUAGUAGGAGGGCCCCUGCGCCCGAUCCCGGGGGUCCCGCCAAAGAGGCUCUGCAGGAGCUGCAGCGAGUCCGCGGAGCUCUGGGCUUGGCUGAACCUGCCCUGGACACGCCGGUGGCCGAGUACAUGAGACAAAUAGAGACCAAGGUCCGCGACGUCUCGGCCGCCGUCCCAGAGGCUCAGAAGUCUCCCCCGUUACUGAAAACCCCGCUGCUGGCGGCUCAGUGGGACGCUCUGGCCGAUCUGCAGCGGUCCCUGCGCUGGGAGUACGAGUGCCGGAUGCGCAUGCUGGUCACGCGAUUCGACGUCACCGUGCAGUCCUUCCACUGGUCAGAGCGAGCCAAGGAGAAGGGCUCCGCCAUGCAGGAAGCGCUGUGGCCUCUCCGGCGGUCUCUGACGACGGACUCCGGGGUCUCUCUGUCUCACCUGCUGGCCGCGCGGGAAGACGACUCUCGGAUUCUCCACACCUGCAACGCCGCCUUCUGCCAGCGAACCGGCAGCGCCAUUAACAAGGUCCUCAUGGUGGGUACCGUGCCUGAUCGAGGCGGGCGCCCCAAUGAGAUAGAGCCCCCCAUGCCUACCUGGGAGAAGCGGAGGGAAGGUGGAGGGCGAGGAGGGCAGCCUCGAUGGGGGCGACGAAGCAAGAGAAGGAAGAACUGACCCGUAACUCCUGGAGUGCCUGGGGGUCCCGAGCGGCCCCCCGAGAACAAACU